AAUGGUUCAUUCAGGCAGGAAUGUGCCAGACAGAGGUUGGUUGGACAUCAUGGAUCAUACCGAGGAAGAUUCCGUGCAAGUUCCACUCAGAUCCCUGAAUUCAGCCGAAGCCACUUUUAUUUCAUUUGUCAAUAAGAGUCAGCGGACAGUGAGACCCUGGUGGAUUGACUUUGAAGGAUUUCCUCAGCAGUACGACGAUAUUGAGCCAGGAGAAUCCCUGGAUAUGUGCACAUAUCUGACUCACCCGUGGCUUUUUCGAGAUGCAGACACUGGAGAUGAACUGCGCAUAAACAGGGAUGAAAUUUACUUCCCUACAUCUGCCGUGUAUAAUGAAGGAAAUUGUGUUUACAUCCCUACGUACAUCACAAUUCCAGUGUAUUCUCUGAAGGAUAUUUGCUUACAACAUCUUCGUAAAUUAGUAAAGCGUGAAGACUACAAAAUGCUACACAUAGCACGUUCCCUGCACGAUGACCUCAGCAAUAAAGUAAAUCUGCAAGAAGAGAUUAAAAAGUUGAGUCUACGGUACAGGAACGCUGAAUAGUUCAAGGCUCAGCAGCAGAGGAUGACUGAACAAAAUAUUCUAAGGAAUGGGUGAGAAUAUUUUGUUCAAUCAUCCUCCAACACAAUUCCCUUCUAUCUUUGGAAUUUCCAUGUGUAGGUCGGAUGCAUGGAAUUCCCAGUUUGGUU